GUGAUACGUGAGCCAAAAUGUGAGGAGAUAAAUAGGACUUCAUGGAACAUAAGAAGCAGCACAGCAGGCGGGGCAGGACAUGUCUUUGAUGAAUCUGUGCUGCUUUUAACAUGCUCCUGUUCUGAAUAGUGCAUAUGUAUUGGGAUCAAGAGUGUAGAAUACACAGUGUUCUGCUGCAUCAAUACAAGCGGGAUGCUGCGACGUCCAACACCGACCGACUCUGAGGCGGACGUCCUGAGGGAGCAGGAGCGUUUCCUGACCUCUGGAGUUCGCUCGGCUGCCUGUAUGGUCCGCCGUCCUGACAAAAGGAGAGGAGAGGCUGGAGACGCUGAGGGAGCGCACAGCAGUGAGAAUGAGGGAAACCAGAAGGAUGUGGUCACAAUGGAAGAUCUUCCAGACCAGCUGCCGUCUCUAACACCAGCCCCACCUAAGAAGUCCCGAUUUAAAGCCAGUCGUGUCACUUUUGAGGAUGAAGACGCCGGGGAGACACUGGACAGGCAUGAUACCCACAUCAGCGCUGUUCUCUCCAAGAUUGUGGAGAGGGACACCAGCUGUGUUCCAGUAUCUCUACCAGCGUUUACAGGCCUGGCUUUUCCCAAAGUACUGCACCGUUCGGAAACUGGCAGUCAGGUACCAUCUUCAUCAUUCAAAGGGAAGAGGAGCAUUUUUGCUCGUCAGAUUGCAGCUCAGAGACUAAAAGAAGACAAAACACUGAAACCAUCUUCAGCUGAAGCUCCUCAGAAGCCUGAACCCGUAGAACGGAUCCUCCCUGUUGACGCUGGUGAUUGUGCUAGGUUGGUGUCCGGUGACGGCCUUCAGGGCCCAGACAGUUCAGGAGAGACCCUGAGGAUCCACAGGGAGAACCAGGCGAAGCUCCAAGCAAUGUCUAAAUCUGAGAUUCUGGAGGAGCAAAAAAAGCUUUUAUCCCAGCUCGAUCCCAGACUGGUGGAGUUUAUCAGAUCACGUAAAUCUGAGAGUGCUCUGUCGCCUAGUUCCCCAUCUGAGGACACAGCAGCAGAUAGAUGCAGCACAGAAGAUCCUCCUGUUGAACGUGCAGAGAGCAGAGAGUCCCACAGUGCUGCUGUGUUGUGCCAGACUCCAGAGGAGGUGGAGAUGGAGGAGGAAAAGGAGGUGAAACCACCACCACCUUUGACUGAGGAGGAUCUCCCAGUGAAGCCCCAGAAGGAAUGGGUUCACAUGGAUACCUUGGAGCCAGAGAAGUUGGAGUGGAUCAGAGACUUGCCUUCACCCAGAAAGAAAGGAACCAAAAAGGCCAUGCAGGCUCGUUUUGAUUUCGCGGGGACCUUAAUUCCUCCCUCAGAAGAUCUGCCGACCCACUUAGGCCUGCACCACCAUGGAGAGGAGCCUGAGAGAGCUGGUUACUCCCUGCAGGAACUGUUCCUGCUGUCUCGGAGUCAGCUUAUCCAGCAAAGAAGUCUGGCUCUCAACACUCUCGCCUGCAUCCUCACAAAAGCACGAGCUGGAGAGUACCAGACAAUUCUGAGAGGCAGUGUCACAUCCAGUCUGCUUGAUGCAGGCCUGCUCUUCCUGCUCCGCUUUGCACUGGACGAUAGCAUUGAAGGAGUGAUGUCUGCUGCUGUGCAUGCACUUAAAGCGCUCCUUGUGUGCGCAGAAGAUGAAGAGUGCUUGGACUGCACCUUUUCCUGGUUUCGUGGCCUAGCGUCCUUCCCACUGCUGCCAUCCGCACAGGAGGAAGAUGAAGAGGAUGAAGGGCUGAAUGAAAGCAUGAAGGAGACAGCCAUGGAAAAAGAAGAAAGGAAGAGUGAUUAUGAUGUUGCCAGGCAGGAUGUUGUUAAGGGUCUGCUGAAGAUGAAGCUGCUUCCCAGGCUGCGCUACGUUCUCGAGGUAGUCCGACCAUCCCCUCGCGUGGUUGAGGACGUCCUGCACAUCCUGACACGUGUCGCCCGGCACUCCUCAUCAUCUGCCACCCAGGUGUUGGACUGUCCUCGUCUGAUGGAGACUGUAUCGUCUGAGUUUCUUCCCACUUCCUGGAAGUCCCCUUCAUCACUCAGUCUUCUGUCUGCUUAUGGACACCCUGUGGCCAACGCCAUGAAGCUCAUGAGGGUUUUGGCGACCUCUGGGAGACAUGCGUGUGCCAGACUGUUGAACUCACUGGGAGUCCGGGAACGCUUGUCCUGCCUCCUGAGUGCCGAGCUCAAUGAGCUGCUGAUGGACCCCAACGAGGCCCUCAGGAUCACCACUGAGGCCUACAGGCUGUGGGCUGUAGCAGCUGGCUAUGGACAGGCCUGCCAACUGUACAUAGACCUGUACCCAGCCUUGGUGAGGACGCUGCAGGCUGUUCACAGCACGCUGUCAGCACCAGAUUCUCUGUUGUCUCUGCAGCUGCACCGUCUCUCAGCUCUGCUUUCUCUGCUCACACAAGUCACACACACCGCUGGCUGCCAUCAGGAGCUCCAGUCCGGCAUGGUCAGAGCUCAAGGAGAGGAAUGUCCCCCUCCACCUCCUGUGUCCUGGGGUCAUGUUGCUGGUUUGCAGCCGCUCUUGUUGGGACAUUUGAAGGGUGCAGUCAAAUGCCUUGAUGAUCCAGUUCAGAAAGACAGCGUCCUGACUCUAAUACCUGCUUAUCUAGUCUAUCUACAAGCUUACUACCAUCAUCUCACCAGACAGACCUGCUUCAGGCCAGUGGAGACUCUACAGGACCUGGAGCUUCUGACGUCGGAGGUUCUCCUCCCUCUCAUGUGUCACAGCGUGGUGCAAGGCCAAAUAAAGAAUCUCAGGUCCUCCUCGGUUGUGUGUAAUGUUGAGUCAAGUCCUCUGAGUCCAGAGACUACGCCCAACCUUCCUGGUUUGGCUUGUCCAGGAUGGAGGGAUCGUCCAGGACUGGUAGUUCCCAGCUGUCCUUUUCCUCUCCUGACUGGACUGGGACUCCUGUUUGAAACCAUCACAGAGAUCCAUAAAGGUCUCAGUAGAAAGUUCGCAGCCCUCGUGCUGUCAGAGCCUGUGAUUAGUUACCUGCACAGCUGCAGCCACGCCUCACCCACACUGUCCCACAGCGGGUCUUGGCUCCUUCGCCAUGAACACCACGUCCUCUACCUGCUUCUCCGGCUGGCGCACAGACUGGUUCCAAUUGAGCCUGAAGUAGCCAAACAUGCCUCAUUGUACCACCAGGUGGCCCUGGUGCUUCUUCCCUGGUUACUUCCGGGCAGUGAAUACUUGGCACAUGAGCUGCUCUCCACUGUUAUCUUCAGCAAGGACUUUUUAUCGGAGGGACACAGCGGUGGACCAGAGGCUGUAGAACUUGGGGAACUGAAGCUUCACACCCAGCAUCAAACAUCACCGUCUCUUCAGACUGUUGGGGCCCUUCUGAGAGAAGCCUGCACCCAGCUGCCCUCCAUACGAGGCUGCUACCUCACUCACCUGGCCUACCUGGAACAGUCUGUGCUCGUAUCCCGAGACGUUUUCCUGGGGCGCAACCCAUGGAUCAAUUCCCAUCUCCUCCCAGAGCUCACCGGCCCCACACUGCCGUCCGACUGGCCUUUCAUCCCGCUGAUCAGCCUGUACGAGUGGACCGGGGUGUCUGAAGGUGGAGGGUUGGCGGUGGAGGAGCUGCCUCAUGGAUCUCUGCAGGGAGUGACCCAUUGUCUGCAAUGGUUGCUGUUGCUGGAGGUCUGGAGGGAAGAAGCUCUGAAGGUCAUCCUUCCUAUUGCCAAACUCGCCCGCCUGUCCUGUGUCUUCCUCUGUUCCAGUGAUCUGUUCCUGGAGAGACCUGUUCAGAGACUGACCUGGGCUCUGUUCCGAAUGCUCACCAGGGAGUCCAGAUUGGACUCUUUGGACCUGGAUGUGCCUCCUCCAGGUCUUGCCUCCUUCCAAGACCUGUACACAGCCCUUUUGGACCAGUAUGAAGCUGUGUCUUUUGGAGACAAGCUCUUUGGCUGUUGGGUUCUCUUGCCUCUGCAGAGGAGGUACAGCGCCUCCAUGAGGCUGGCUGUUUUCGGAGAACAUGUGGGAAUGCUGAGAUCCCUGGGUGUCACUCUGGAGCAUUUGUCCAUCUCCGUCGAGCGGUUCACCUUGCCGCCUGAAGACUCUCUCCCUCUUCUUCGUCUGUACUUUCGCGCUUUGGUGAUGGGAACCCUGAAGUUAUCCUGGUGUCCCAUCUUAUAUGUGGUUGCCUUGUCUCACAUCAACUCCUUCAUCUUCUCUCAGGAUGCUGCGGUGCAGGAGGUUGAAGCAGCUCGACUGAGUAUGCUGAGGAAAAUCUACUACCUGACUGAUGAGGUGUUGAGGAACCACUUGCUGCUUUUCCGUCUGCCCAGACAGCACCUACAGCUCGGCUUUGACAUGUAUGAACAGCUGCCCCCCAUCAGGGCGAAGCGUUUAGAGACGGUUCUUGGUCUGAAGGAUGACAAAGGAGACUGAGUGGACUAAAACUAGUGACAUAAGGGGAUUUUAAUACAGAAAAGCAUGCAAAGAAAAGACAGGACGAAACUGUAAGCAAGUGAAAUGGAAGAAAAGAAAUGCUAAGAGUUGGUAGGAGGGAAAGUUGGCAGUGGAAGAUGGUAUGAUGUACCUUCACCCAGGAAAUGGCACAGUCACAGAAAUCUUUCUGUGUCUUGUUCCAGCAGCCAAACAAGAGAGAAAUCAAAUCUGAGCUGGGCUCAGCCAGCUGUUCAAAUAAUUCACAGAACUCAAAAAAAAAAAAAAAGAAAUCCUUUUCAGCGACAGCCAAUAGUUAGACACAAAUGCUGAGAAAUGAAAUACAGAUGGGACAAGGCUGAAGUCCUGCAGUCCUCUUCUCUGUGUGACUUCAGCUUUUUGCCAAAGUGUUUCUUGUGCUUGAAAAACAACUGAGGACAGUUGUUGGCAUCUGAGAGGAAAAGACACAUCCUACUCUACAUGUGCCUGCAAUGUUAUUGUUAUCUGAGAAUAAAAUGUCACUCUAUGAUGA